GAGCACUACUGUUUUCACUUCUCCGUGUGUGCUGUCCUGCGAUGCUUGCUCUUUUUUGCUGUGCUCGCUGCCUCUUUGCCUGUUCGAGCAACUCGGAGACGUGAUUGCUGGCCGCGGUCACCAAUUUAUACCGCCUUCGGCGUCACGCGGUUCUCCGCUCAUUCCGGUCACGGCGUAGGCCCGUAGGUGUUGAGCGCGGUGUCGGUGUCACACACGCCUUCCGUCAAGUUCGGUCCGCCGAAGCCUCCGAGUCAUUGGAGUUCGACACGGUCACCGUUGAACCAGCACUGCUGCACUGGUGGCAGGAUGUCCCCGACGGCACCUUUGAUCAAGUGAGAUACGAGCCUGGAAUGGAUGCCCAGCGAAGAUGGACAAGUUUGCCGUUGAUCUAGACCGGGUGCUCGAUGAGUUUGAGCAGAGCGAAGCAUCUCUGACGCCGGCCCCAGAACCGCAGGCGAGCCGCAUUUCCCACAACGACCAUGUUUACCUCAAGUGCCACAGCAUCCUCCCAAACCACAAUGGGGACCAUUCGAUGCCACCGCCGACAUCCUUGCCGUCUGCAAGUGUUGCCGCGCCGCCCGAGGUGACCGUUCCGGCAGUGUCCCCACCAGAUGUCACCAACGCUGCCUCGACCUGCCAGACCUAUUCAUGGAAUGCAACGAGUCCCGCUCAGCUUGGCAGUGUGCCGAACGCGGGAGCAGACAAAAGUGCGCCUCCCGCAACGUCUUUUUCACCCAACGACGGCCACUGCGCGACUCCGGAGCAAGAACAUGCCUCGGAGGCUUCAGAGCCGUUGAUGCUGCUGGAUUCCGUUGAACUGUCGUACGACGGCGGCAAGUCGUGGUCUUCGUCUGCUAAUGGAGUGCCCCCCGAUCCACCCUCUAUUAACUUACUCGACCUCGAACUACCCGCCAGUGCGCUUCCGCCGGAAGGGAGCAAACUUGUCGGCGAGAGCACCAUCAAAGGUCUGGCGGCACCACUAACCCCGUUACAGGGAAACAACUUUGAAGACACCAAAUCGGCCGCAGACAGCAGUUCGACUGCCGUGCCCAAAGCGACGAGCGUCGGCGAAGAGAAGCAGACAACUGCCAACAUUGGCGGCUCGCCGGAUCCGUCAAGAAAGGGAAGCGAAGUGUCUGACGUUGUCGCCGAAAAUGGCCAAGUUUGUCUCUUUGAUACAAAGGUCGCCACUACGGUUUUACCAGACAAAGUUUCCAUGUCCGAAAGCGACGCUGUACCCAAGGAACACCUUGCCGAACCCGAAGGUGAGGCUGACGUCGGCGACGCUUGCGCGGAAGAGACGGAGGAGCGCCAAGCGGCCGACGGUGAGUCUUGUCCUGCGGUCCAGGAGAACGACGGCGGCAUCACUGUUUCCAAGGUUACGGAACUGGAUACCAUUACCGACGCUGCGGAGGCUGUGGCUGUUCCGGGAUCUGCACAGGUCUCGUCCUGUUCGCUUACGGGCGAGGCCACUCUGAUUGCGGAGGCGGCGUCUUUUGAUGACAGUGCAAUCAACUUCGAGCCGGGCGCCAACAUCUCGGAGCAGGAACUUGAUCAGCUGCUAGAGGAGGAGGGAGCGGAGGAGGAAGAGGACAGUUUUCUUCCCCCGCUGAGCGAGGAGGAACAGCUGCUGGGGAAAGUGAAGCCCUUCUGGAUCCCCGACGUGGACGCACCGGUCUGCAUGUUGUGCGACGUCAAGUUUACGGUGCUCAAGCGGCGCCACCACUGCAGGGCCUGCGGGAAGGUGCUCUGUUCGUCGUGUUGCGGCCACAAGACUCAACUGCCGUGCCUGGAAAACCGGGAAGGUCGAGUGUGCCUGCCUUGUCUCACUGUGCUGCAAAGGGUGGCGGCGGUGGAGCGGCUGGGGGGCCCCAGUCCGGGCAACCCGCACGAGUACUGCACGAGGGGGCCACCCCUGUUGCAGACGGAGGCCGCGCCACCCCUCACGGUUCUCGUACCAGUUCUGCGGAGGGGGCCGCGCCCCGACGGCGAAGCGCCCAAACAGGUGAUGUUCUCGGACGGCAUACGGCCCGGAGGCGACCUCUCCGAAGACGUGGACGGAUCCCUUUCUCCCCUGGCGACCCAGCGGGAGCGACUCUCGCCCGAGACGAACUCUCCCAACGAACAGGUGCUCCAAGAACGUCGCCUGGUGCUCUCGGAUGCCGAGGGACCCCUGCCGCCCAUCGCGCUCACCGGUGGUCAAGCAAAGCUCAAGUUGGAAAACGAGGCAGAUUUGCUGGCGUUGUUUGAGGAUGAGUCGGCAGAUCCAGUGGCCUUUGCUCUCACCAGGAACCUGCACGUGCUUGUGAAGAUUGUGAAGCAGGAAUGUUGCGUGAAAAGGGAGUGCUGGUGCCUAAGCAGCCGUGGACUGGCGGCAGUCGGCCAGGACGAGGUGGUCCUCCUCCUGGAGCGUCUGCCUGGCGAGGUCCGCCUGCCGCGGGAUGCGCUGCGCCUCUUCAGCACGCUGCACGGCACCGCCUCGCGAGGGGGCGCUCCGUUGGGCCCCCUGGGGCAGCUCCCGUUCCCGGAGGGCAUUCUGGGCAGCGGGGACCACGGCGGCUUCCUAUUAAUCAGCCCCGGGCCCCAGUGCGUGAGGGAACUGCCCCUGCCGCGCCCCCCGUGGCUCUGCGCCCUGCUGCUGCAGCGCUGGGAGCUGCCCUGGGCGAGGCUCCUGCCCCUGAGGCUGCUGCUACGGCUGGGCAGCGAGUUCCAGACCUACCCGUGCCCCUUAGUGAGUGUUCGUGGCCGUCCACCUGUGUACACCGAAGUUGGCCACACCAUCAUGAAUGUCCUGCUGGACUUCCGCAACUUCCAGUACAUGCUGCUCUGCCUGCCGGGGCUCGUGGUCCACGUGGAAGGCAACCGGAUGACCGUGCGGGUGCCGCGGAACCGCUACGACGCCCUGGCGCGCCAACUGGAAGGCAACGAGCACGUCUUGGCGCUGGCGGCCAAUUUGAGCCCCCAGGCGGACGGCCACCUGGUCUGCGUCCAGGCAGACGAGGGCAGCUACCAUACCAAGGCUCUUCAGGCGGCACCUGGCAGUGGCCCCUGCCAGUGCACGGGUGCCAGUUUCGUGGUGUUCAGCGGAGCGCUGAAGGGCCCCGGCGAAGCCAAGUGCAGCGUGGUGGAGGACGGCCUCUUGGUCCAGCUGUCGCCCACCGCCAUGGCGGCGCUGAGGGCAGCGCUGCGCGCAAUGCGGGACUGGGAGCUCCACGUGACGGGCAGCAGCGCGGCCGAGGACUCCACCGUUGCGGUCGUCUGGGUGGACGACGACAGGCGCAUCAACAUCGGGGUGCAGAGCUGCGUGGACGGGCGCAGCCUGGAGGGGGUGCCGAGUGUGCGUCUGCGUUCUCCCACGGACCACUGCGCGAAGGGACUGCUGGUGCGGUGGACGGAGCUCUUCCUUCUCUGCUCGGACAGCCCAAGCUGGGGAGGGUGCGAAGACCCGCAGCAUGCAGCCGAAAGCCUGGCCCGCAGUUUCUGCAACGCCCUGCUGCCCCACCUCCCGCUGCUGCAGCCCCUGUCCCCGCUGGGGCUGCGAGCCCAGCUGGGGUCAGACCGGGUGGGCUACGAGGCCGGGGCUCGCGGAAAGCCCCUGCCCGCCGUCUGCCAGGAGCCCCUCGACAGCGCGCUGGUGCCGCUUCUCAGCAACGCUCGAGAGUCCCUCGACCUCGAGAUGGUCUUCCACAUCCUGUACCAGUGAGAACCCGUUUCCCCACCCAACCUGACAAGUGACUGCUUGUGGGCAGUGUCUGCUACACCAUGUAGGUCGUCUGCUGCACUGCGUACGGCACCUGCUCUGCUGCGUACGGCGUUUGCUUUACCGUAUAUGGCAUCUGCUAUGCCGUCUGCUACUCAAGUGUGCACCGUCCAACAUCCUACAGGGCAUGGAGACUGCUCAGCAUGAUUUGUCCGUUACGACAUAUAGCAUCUGCCGCAUGGGAGUGGCGUCCGCUACGCUGGUUUAGUUUUUGGAACACUGUGAUGCAAGCAUUGCGCACCAGCGUGUAUAAAGCGUCCAGUACGUGGUUUGGCGCAUCUGGUGCACAUGAGUGACAUUUUCUAAUGUUGUAGCUGCGUCAGCGAGUGUCUGCAUGCCGGUCGAACUUGGGUGACAUUAUGCAGAAAUGUGUGCAAUCCAGGAAAGUGCAAUUGGACAGACAGUUGGAACGGAGUUCAUGGUGUCGGCAAGUAGUGCCGUUUUGGUGGCUUUGGUUCCGGAACAAUGACUGGUUGGAAUGCUUGAUGGUAUGCUGGCUGACGAAAUAUAUUAUUGCAGUGCUCCCGGCACUGUGUUCGAGGUGGGUGAUGCGGCGUGUAUUUCUGUUGUGGGAUGUAUAGACAUGGUUGCUGGCAACGGAUAACUCUUCAAAUUGUUCACUGUGCUUGCCCUUUGGUUGUGGGUGAAAGGAGCUGUCUGCGUUCGUACCUUAAAAGGCAUCUUUUUUGUAUCUUUUGUCUAUGUACAGGAAGCUUAGAUAGGAAAUAAUUUUGGCACUAAGGGUAAUCCGCUAUCGGAAAGAACCAAUAUUGAUGUUGAUAACAGAUUGAGGGGCUGGUUUCCAGUGCUAUGCUGUUGUAGUCUUUUAGGACUGUAUUUGCUUUGUUUUUUCAAAUGUGCACUUUAGUCUAGAAUGCAAGGAUUUUCACAGUGCCUUUGUUUCGAACGAACUUAAAAAGAGAGCCCACGUUUCUGAACGCAGCUCGGUUUUCUGAGGCAGUCAUUUCCGGCACACCACAUGUUGCUUGCCUGAAAUAAACGGAAGAACCGCGAGGUUGAAUUCUUCGGCCUAACCGACGUAAUAAUUGUCACUUUUUCACAAAAGCCGUUGACAACCCGGAAAGGGUAUCCACAGUGUUUGUACGAUUUCCGGUCAGGAAGAACCGAGUUUUGUGUACCUGGACAACUUUCUCUGCGGACAGUCGUGUGACUGACUUUAGUCACGCAAUAAACCUGUUGCUUUUACGAAUCA